AUGUCAAACAAACUCAAUAAGGCUGAGAUGGAGAAAUUUGAUAAGUCAAAAUUGAAGAGGACAGAAACACAAGAGAAAAAUCCUCUGCCUUCAAAAGGAACGAUUGGAUAUGAGAAGCAAGCUGGUGAAUCAUAA